AUGUUCCUGAAGACACCUAAUUGGGAAACGGUAAAUGAGACUCCCAAAUCGAGAGUCUUGACGAUAAACGAGUUGAUCUCUCCCAGCUUGGAUACUGAAUCUAGGAAACUUCUGGCGACCCCGGUGAGGAGGUAUUGUAAGACUUCAGUAGGUGAAGCGCAAGAGUCUCCUACGUCUGAGCCCUCGCCCGGUGGCAACGAAGAUCCCGCCUAUCAAUAUAACGCACAAUUUCACUUUCCAGGACCAAUAACUCCUACGACACCCAAGUCUAAGGAUAGGGAAAUGUUUCCGUCCCCAGUACUUCCACUGAUUUCUCCCACGACAGUUACUGAGGAAGAGAAUAAUGGUUCUGUACAUGAGUUUUCACGAACGCUAAAAUCAAGACUCAACUGCGCAAUGGUUAAGCUGUCAAGAGAACAUGAGGGUGAUUUUACGACAAGGAAGUUGGAGUGUUCUGGAAAUGAGCAAGUAGCUUUAAUUCCUCCCCCUCCGACGGAAAAGAUACGAAAGGGCUCAUAUAGUAAUAAAUUUGCCUCUAAGCAUAGGCGCUGUCACUCGUUAGAUGAAUCUAAAAAGUUUUUGAGUUCUCUGGAAGAUUCAUCCGCUCAUGCGGCAUUCUUGAAGGCAAUUUCUUCCAAACAUGCUAAAAAUAAUAAGGUAGAAAACGUUAAUGUUUCACCAUUACGUUGGUCUUCUCAUAGAAGAACACAAAGUACACAAGAGAAUUCUUUGCAAGAGGCACUUGCUAUUGAUACGUUAUUGAAGAUGUCGUCAUCGGAGUAA